GUUUAUUCUCAUUUUGUGUUUGAAAUAAAUAUAAAAUUUAAAAAAGCUCAAAAUCCACAAAGCUAAAUCAGGGUUAGGCAGGGGUCAAAACAAGCAUGGGAGCAUCAGAGAAAAAACGAGAAUAGUCAGGAACCAGGCGAGAUUCGGGGCAGGCAAACGGAGUCAAAGACAAAACGGAGUCAGGAAAUCAGAUCAUAUCCAAACCCAACGCUUGGUAAUGCAGGCAGAGUGGCACAAACAAUACUUCACACUGAGUGAGGCUCAUUGCAAAGCUCAAGUAGACUGUGAGUGAUUGCAAACAAAAGUCAGGUGUGUGGCAUUCAGAAACUCUGCACUGGGGUUGCUGGGAGAUGUAGUGUGUUUAGAACUCUGAAGACGGUCCCUGCCAAUGACCAGUGGGAGACUGAUCAGUUCUGACAAGUCCAAUCUGUUUGACCACAAUUCACGCCCCAUGUGAAAAAUGACAGAAACAUUAACAUUUUGUGUUGACAAACAGCUGUUUUGUCACUUUGGAGUCUGACAGGUCUCAGGUGUGAACAUUUUCUUUUUCAUAAAUCUAUUAUAGAAGCCGAAAUAUGCAAACUUGUCUAUUUUUCGGAUUUUACAUCCUCUUCCUGUCUUGGCAUCUUCAAAACCUCAUCUUUCCUAAAUACUGCUUUGCAUCAAGUCACAUUUAAUCAUUUAAUGUUGAAAUCCUUCUCUUUUCAAUGCGUUGCAAACCGAAAGUGCAAGAACGGAGGCGUGAUAACAAACACAAUCGAGAAGAUAAAGGAAAUGAAUGUGGUUUUGUAAAUUGAUAGUAUUUUUUCCAGACAAAAGCAAAUCUUUUUGGUCAGAAUUAUUGACAGCAUCAUGCAUUCCAGAGCUGCUACAGACGUAAUUUGACCGCACUCUUGUGGGUGUUUUCAGUUGAGUGUAAGCAUUACAGGCACGCGGGUAGGUGGAACAGUUGCAAUUUUAUUUCAUUACAGUGUAAAAAGUUCACCGUACAAAUAGGCCAUGGGGUUUCAGCGUGUAAUAACGCUUGACAUGGCUCACCGAGUGAAAUCGACUCGUGACAAAUGGAUUUAAAGAAGAAUAAAAGCACGGUUCGGAAUCGCAUGCAGGAAGACAGGCCUGUUAGCGUUCGUUCACAGUUGAGCGGCGUGGAAGCCAGCUCGGCUUUUUUUCUCCAAAAGGUCCACGUGUCACCGAAUAACUCGCUGUCUAAGUCGACGCACGUUAGGCAAGCAUAACAUUUUCAAAUGCCAUACUUAAGGAGUUUUCAUGGAGGCAAAUGUUAGAAGCAGCCGAGAGCUUUUCUCAAGCUUUUGACCUUUGCGGCUCUGCUCUUUAACCAUUUUUAAAGGCCUGCACUUCAGUUUGAGUAUAAACGUAGCAGCCAGGAUUCAGGGGUAUUUUUUUUUUCUUUUUUUCCCAAAUCAUAUGUCCGUGCUUAUCUGGAGACGCUCUCUGCAAGCAAACAAAGACGAAACAGACUCUUUGUGCCGUGCUGGAAUGAGAACACACGCCAAGCAUCCACAUGGGUUAAAAAGUGGAUAGGGCAGAGAAGCUGCCCCAGGCCAGUUUCAGUUAAAGAGGUGGCCUUAGACAACAAAGCCUCCUACUGUUGCUGCCACAUCCUGACAUCAAGUGAUACACCAUAAAAGAAUAAAUACAGAUUUUACAUAAAACAACACAAAAAUGAAAAGGCUCUUUGUGCUCGCUGAGAUUCCCUGACAUGCAUAGCUAAUUACUUUGCUUGCUUUUAAAAGAUGAGCUGGAUGUGUCUCUGGCCAGAGUUGCUGGCUCAGUUUCCAGAGGAAACAGAAAAAGGGAGAAGCUGCAGCACUUUCUUUUGGACUAAAAACAAAUCAGACAUACCCAUAUUUUUAUUUUUGAUUUGAAUCCUUUAUCGCAGGAAAAUAUGCUUGAGAUGCUCGGAUACCAACCCUGUGAGGUUCAGACUCACUUAGAGAACCCAACCAAGUACCACAUCCAACGCUCCCAGCAGCAACAAGUGAGACGAUACCUGGGGAAGCUUGGCUCCCAGGCGCUGAGCUUGCCCUGCCCCAACCAGUCCUCUGACCACGGGGGCAUGCCGCCAGGGCCAGGCAACAGCGCCCCCAACAGCCCUAUGGCCUUACUGACCCUCAACUCCAACUGCGAGAAAGAGAUGGAUGAUGUCAUUGACGACAUUAUUAGUCUGGAGUCCAGUUACAGUGAUGACAUCCUUGGUCUGAUGGACCCAGGACUUCAGAUGCCAAAUACGAUCCCUGUGCCUGCAAACCUCAUGGACAUGUACGGUAACCAGGGCCUGCCGCAGCAAGGUCUGCCCAUAAGCAACUCCUGCCCUCCAAACCUACCCAACAUCAAAAGGGAAUACUCAGUGUCACAAUCUCCUGCCAUCAUGCACAUGUUGGAUAAAUCUGGAUCUUGUGGCAAAUUUGACACCUAUCAAAGACCAGAGGGCUUCCCUGUUGAAGCUGAGGUAAGAGCGCUGGCAAAGGAAAGACAGAAAAAGGACAACCAUAAUUUGAUUGAAAGAAGACGAAGGUUCAACAUCAACGAUCGGAUCAAAGAACUAGGAACUCUGAUUCCAAAAUCCAAUGACCCAGACAUGCGCUGGAACAAAGGCACCAUCCUGAAGGCAUCGGUAGAUUACAUCCGCAAGCUGCAACGGGAACAACAGCGAGCCAAAGAGCUGGAGAACCGCCAGAAAAAACUGGAGCACGCCAACCGACACCUGAUGCUGAGAAUACAGGAACUAGAAAUGCAGGCAAGGGCUCAUGGCCUGCCCAUCACGUCUUCAGCACUCUGCUCUGUUGAACUUGGGGUGAGAGCCAUCAAGCAGGAGCCCGCUCUGGAGGACUGCCACCAAGACAUGUAUACACUCCACCCCCAUCACCAACACCACCCAGCCUGCACUCCAGAGCAGCCAGGCACGCUGGAGCUCAACGACGGCCACUCAAACUUCCCUGAAGGGCACUACAACGUUCACAGCAAAGCAGGCUCCAAACUCAACGACAUCCUCAUGGAAGACACCUUAGCCCCUGUGAGAGGGGGGGACCCCCUGCUCUCGUCCGUCUCCCCAGACGCCUCAAAGGACAGCAGCCGUAAAAGCAGCGUCAGCAUGGAUGAAAACGAGCAGGGCUGUUAGCACCCCCUGCUGGGAGACAACUACACCUGCAUCUUCUGUGCCCCAUUAUCCUGCAGGUUUGGCGGCAAAAACACACUCCCAGCUGUGCGAGAGGCCUCCUUUUUUUCAUUGUUUGUUGUUUUCCUAUUCCCCCCACCUGAGUUUACAAGUGUUGCCUCUUUUUUUCACGUUAGAUUUUUUUUUUUUUUACAUUUGAUGUCUUUUCGAGCUCUCAACCUUGAUUUCAAGGACUAUAUUUCAAAAUCUUUGCUUUAAUCAAUGCUUAAUGACAAUGAAUGACAAUAUAUAGAAUUGUGUGUACAUAAAUAUAUAUAUAUUUAAAAAUGCAUUUAUCUUUACAUAGAGUCUAGCAGAUCAUUUUUCUAUUGAUUCCAAAGAAUCUAGGGAAUUUAUAAAUCAUUGUCAGAAGUGUGGAUGUUUUGUGGUGAGAUGAGCACUGCUUUUUUUUAAUCACUAGCAAUAAUAGGAAGACAAAUAUUUAUUACUAUAGUGCUUUACACUGUCUGUGUCUUAGACUAAACUUGAAUGAGCCAAAGCCUAAGUAAGGUGUGUAUAAAUUGUUGUUUUAUGGCUAUGCAGAUGUUUUGGCUGUUCACAGGGUCUGAGUCUCUUUUCCGGCUAAGAUUUCUUUCUCUGGAUAAUUAUUGAUCUCAUGUAUAUAUCGUUCUACACAAGGUAUUAUGGAAGCAUUUCCCCUUAAUCAUGAAAACGACAAUCAGAGGGGCCUGAUAUGUUCAUCAUAACAUAAAAUGUGAUUCAAUAUUUUCCUUAAAGUAGUUCAAAAGCCCAAAUCUGUUACUAAUAUUAUUUUUUUUUCUAUUUCAUUCAAUUAUGAAGCUCAAAUUUUUAUCAACAAAGUGAUUCUGACAGUUUUAACAACACAUUCCUUGCUUUUAAAGCUACUAAAAAUACAUUUAAUACAAUAAUCCUUUUAAUCCUAAAUACUUAAAGGUGUAAUCUAAGAGUGGUAAAUCUACAAUUAAUCACUGUUUUGAUUGAAAUAUUUCGAAACAAACAGGAAACGGUAGUAGCUUCCAGUUUUUAUAAUUGCCCAACAUUUUUCUAAAUUAUUAUUUUUAUACCUUUUUAGUCAUAUUUCAUAUUCAGGGUGGGUUUUUUUUUUCAUUAUGUGAAUUUUCUAAUGCCAAGGAGUAUAAGGAGACUGCUUUUGGAUUUUGGUCAAAUACAGAUUACUGUCCAAACACUGGAAUGAAUGAUUUUUAGAAAACAAAAAUGAUGUUUAUUUUUUUGUCUUCUUCUGGAAUCAAAGCACAACUCAUUUGUUAAAGUAGACAUGAGACCCAAAGUCUAUCAGGAGACCUCAGACUCACCGCUGCUGUGUAUCUCUGCAGCUAAUUACACAGUUGUAGCAUGUACACUGAUGCCAUAGCACAACCUCUUUUCUGUCAAACUAUGCAAUGCUUCAAGUUGGUUUUGUGCAGCAGUUUUAAAAAUGUGAUCUCUUGUUAUUUAAGACGCCAUCAGAGUAAUUACAUUUUCAUUUAAGUGCCUUAUGGUUGUUUUGGCUUCUCUGGUACAAUGUAAGGAGUAUUUUGUUGAUGUAUACAGUGUUUAGUGUUACACAGGUGAACUGCAAAGGUGCCAAAGUCUCACGGAGAACAGCAGGACUCGACCUUCUGUCAGUAUGGGAUAAGAGUAGAGGUGUCAAGAACCACAAAAGAAAGGAUGAAACCCCACAGUGAUGAAGAUUAAACAAGUAACAGCGUUAUUUAAUGACAGGAAGGUUUUAUUUAUGAAAAUACAGGCAUUGCAAAAAAAUUAAAAAACGAAGGAGAACAGCCAAAGAUUGUAGCCGUCUAGUCUUGCAAGCAGAAAAAGAGUUGGAAUUAUGGCAAACACAACUUACUGUUCCAUAACCACUUAGCAAAUAAACAUCAUUACUCUGUGAAGAGAAUAGUUUUCAAAUACACAGUGGCCUUGUGGAAAAAUGCCGUUUUAGGAAGCUGAGACAAGUCCAAACCCGUGCAUAUUUGUUAUGAUUCUGUUUUUUUACAUUAAUCUUGAGAUAACAAGGCUUGUUUACACAUAAUAGCACGUUUUUGAAGAUAACUGCACACAGUAACAUGAUUAUUUUAAAUGAAAAUAAGCACUGUUUGAGACUGAAGUCACAUGCUUUCGCUUCACCAAUGCCAAACAACACUUGGCAUUGAUUGUCCAAUCUUUAACUGUUAUUUGGAAGGUAGGUACUAGAUUGACAGCCUUUAACCAGUUAAAUACAUCAAAGCCCUUUUUUUAAAAUCAAAAUAAACAGAAAGCAAUCACUGUAUCUUAUUGUGGCCUCUCCUGGCUUCCAUGCAGCACUAUAUAAGCUAAAUAAGUGAUUUUUUUUUUAAACAAGUGACUAUUGUAGUUACAGUGUAUUUAUCACCUCAGGAAUUGUCAAAAAAAAACAUGAAAAACCAUCUGGUUAAACGUUUCAAAUAGUGAAAAAAUGAUCCAGGAAAUAACAGAAGCUAAUGCUAUUCACAGAACCUUUAAGUAAGCUGCACUAUUUACUCCUGAUUACAACUCAAAUUGGAUUAUAAAUUAGUCAAUAUUUGGUCACUUUUAGAGUGAGUGUGUGCUGCACAGCACACGGUAGAAUAUUGCACAUCAUUAAACUGCUUCACUUUAGUGCGUUAGCCAUUCCAAUCGUUAUUCUAGCUUUAGUAUUUAACUCUAAACGAUUUUAUGUAAACGCAUUUCUGUGUGUGUUUACAUUCUGAUAGAGCCACUGUAAAAAUACUCACUCAUGGUUACCUUUUUUUUUUUUCUAUUUCGAUUAUUUCGUGUAUUAAAUCUCUAUUUGGUAUUGAACACUGAAACCCUUGUUGUGGUGGAUUUACUGUUAGCUUUUUCUGAACUUUAUGAAUCCGUCUGAGGCUAGCAUGAAUGUAGUUCUGUCAUCACUGACGAAAUCAUGUGUGCCUAGAUUAUGGACAGUACACGCGUGUAAAGAUUUUACUGGACAGUAGCUAUGAGUGAAACAGACAUAAGUGUAUUCUUUCACGUGAUGCAAAUCAGCUAAAAACAGCCUUUCUUGAGCUUUCACUUCCAUGAGAUGCAGCUGAAAACCCAUGAAAAGUCAGGUCAGUGGACCUCGCGAUACUGUACAUGGUUCCUCUGUACAAUUUAAGGAACCCAGCCUUAAGAGAAAAACUGAACACACAUCUGGGUAACUCGGAAUUGUUAUUGCUUUACAGGGGUAGUAGAGUUAGCACAGGAUGGCAGCACAUCUGUUGCUUGUUUUUAUUUUUCACUCCACAGUAUUUGAAACCACUGAUGUAGAAUCAAACAUGGACAGUUUUUAUUAAUCCCCGUCAGGCUCACGAUGUUUUUAAAAACCAUGGCUCCUGUCCUACUGUUACCGUUUUGAAGAGACGAAUGUCGUGAUAGUUACUGUACACACUGUUUUCAGGUAGAUCAAACUCAUUGGUACCUAAUGUUAAAACUAUCUCGUGAGACAUAUUAAAAGAUUCAUGGGAACAUUG